AUGGCGUCGAGUUCACCUGCUACGCUCGAUGCAUCUCUCUUUGACCCGGUGCGAGCGACGCGGAUUUAUCCCGAACUUGUGCUGUUGUCGAAUGCGCUGCUGCUCACUCAGAUCCAGAGUUCGACACGAGCUGAGAUGGCCGCGUUGGCGGGAGAGUUGAGGGACGAAUGGAAAGUCCGCGUCGGCGCACUCAAAGCGGAUUGGAUGGCGAGGUGGAUACCCGACGAGCGACACGACGACGAUGCCCAAGUCGAUGCCGAACCCGACGCCGACGCCGAUACAGGGGAGCCCGAGUCAAGACAGCGCAUAAGAAUGAUCCCCACGGUUGUCAGUGACGUUGACGAGACCGAAGCCAUGUCGAAACGUGUCGACCAAGGCGUCGAGGACGAGUUCAACGAGCGCAUCGCCGAAGCUGAGCGGAGGGUCAAGUCGGCCGUGCAAGGACGUGAGGUCCUCAGUGUCGAGGUGAUGGUGGGAGAAUGCGUGAGUUGGAGAUGCGUAGAGCUUCGUUACCUUGCUUGACGAGUGCGGCUUGACGAGUGCGAAAGUGAGGGGAACGCUGACCUGAAUGCUGCACCGGCUGACACAUGGCACCCGUGCGUUCCUUUACCGGCCCGUGCGCGGUUGAGUAUGCAGCUUUUCGAGGCCCAGGCGGAUGAGCAGUCCCCGGACGAGACCGCCAUCACUCUACACGAAACUCUUGUCGAGGUUCUAGCCGAGCACGGCAUCGACGCUGGCGUCCUCAUCCGCACAAUGAGACGCGACAACGAGCGGCAGGGAGCGAUCUCGUCAAGCGACGCGGCCAACGUCGAGCUUUUGACCCAAGUCCUCGGCACUAGUGGGAUUCGGGACCAGGAUGCGAUGGAGAUAGGAGAGGGACGCUAUCACAAAGCUCCGGAAGGUCCAAACGCUGUGCCGCAGGGCGCAAAUGGUGGCGAUGACCCAUUCGAGGAUGCCAGUUGA